AUGGCCCUAGAAGACGUCAGAGACACCGAGGUGACCGAGGUGACCCAGGCCCAAGAAGACGAGAAGAAAAUCGUUAAAAGAGUUGGAGUGUUUCGGUUCAUGCUUCGUGGGCUCCUGUGGCCCUUCAGCUUCGUGGUCCGCGCUUCCAGAGGGCUGUGGAUGGUGCUUGGGUUUAGGCGGCCUGCUGACACGGUGCUGGGAGAACCGCAGCAUGUGUCCAGCCCCGGGCGCCAGAGCCUCACGGGCCGUAAGCGCCUCCACAGAGUGACCCGUGUGCUGCUCGUCCUCCUGCCGCGGUGGCUGCAGAGCGCGCUGGGAUACCCAGUGUCCUCAAGCAUCGGUCGCUGCCUCUCGCCAGAAGUGAGAGUUUCUCCUACAAAGCCUUGUGGCAAAGGCAGCAAGAGGAAGCAGGACGAGUUGGAUGAAGACUCUACGGAUGAGGAGCAUCCAACCUGGGUGGAGACUCUUAACCAGGAAUGUGCUGCUGAUGAUGAAGAUGAAGAGCAAGAUCCUGACUAUGAGCCGAGACUGCAAGUGAAGAGUAUUGUUCACAAAAUGACACUGAAGAAGACGUUCCAGUCGAACAAUUGUCGUCGUAGCUGA